UGGGACGUCGAGCGGCGGGUUCUUCUCGGGGGUGCCAUGGCGGAGAUGGAGGCUGUUGGGGUGGCGGAGGCUGAAGUGGCUGCUGUAGCCUCAACAGCGGCGCCUUCGACCCCGGCGCCCCUUCCCACCUGCGUCGAGCUGCCUUCUUUCGAGACGGCGGUAGCGCUGACGGAGAACCGCUACUCUUGCCUUGUGGUGACGUCGCACCGGAGGCAUAUAGCGCUCCCGCCGCGCUUCCUGAAUCGUAAACGGACCGGGAUUUGCGCGCAGUUGGAUGCGGAACUGCGUCGUUAUUCAGAGAGCUUUCAAGGUGUUCCUGUGGCUUAUGAUGAUAUUAAAAUAACCAAUGAACUAGGUGAUAUAAUUGAUGACAUUGGGGCCAUCCAUCUGGACAUAGAAGCUACUUUUGUUAUCUUUCAGCCUAAGCCAGGGAAAAAACUUGUGGGAAUAAUUAAUAAAGUGGCACCUAGCCACAUUGGCUGUCUGGUUCAUGAAUGUUUCAAUGCUUCUAUCCCCAAACCAGAUCACAUAUCAACAGAUGAAUGGAAAAACCUUGGUUUUCAAAUAGGUAAUAGACUGAUAUUUAAGGUGUUGCAUUUUGAUUCAGAUGCUGCUGGAGUAUUCUGCAUCCGAGGAAGACUAUGUAAAAACAGUUUUGGAGAAGAGAUGCUGAAGGAAAAAUGCAAGAAAAAACAUGAAAAACACUGUGAUGUACAUAUUGGCUCAGAGGAGAUGGAAGUUGAUACAUCAAGUGUUGGGAUAGAAGACAGAGAAAUGCAAAAUGGUGAUGAGGAUGAUAAUGGUAUAUAUGAUAAGCCCGAGAGAGAGAAUGGGCAAGACGGGGCAGAGUUGGGAAUGCAUGCCAGUGACUCAAGUGGUUACCAUAGUGAUCACGGUAAAUCUAAGAAAAAGAAAAGAAAACUUUGUGAGGAGGAAAAUGGACUCCCUGGAUUGUCAAAAUCCAAAGCUAAAAAGAAGAGAAAAGAGUGAAGAAUUCUGAAUAAUACCAAUGUGCCUUACCUGUAUUUGGAACUCUUCUAUCAGAAAUAUUUUGACAUUUUACAUUGCAUUUAGCAUCACUAGUUGAUUGGCUGGAUGAAUUCCAUUGUAGAUGCUGUACAUAUGGACUUCAAAAAUGUAUAAAAGUUAAUAAAUAAUAUGAGAAAAGACA